AUUAGUGUUAAAUAUUAUCGGAUAGGACAGGCCAUAGUGUGAAGUUUAGGAUUGAGAGAAAUGUAUGAUAACUCAGUCUUUAGACAUUUUUCGGGAAAGAAAUUUGGUUAGGGGGACAGGAAUGGGAAUUCAGGUGUACAGUUUUUAUUCAUCACUGGCACUGUCAUCAUAUUCAUGGAUUCCCAAUAAGUUCCACUCACUAAACUUUUCUCGUCACCAGCUUCCCUUUUUCUCACCACCCAAACGCAGUCCUAGAACCAAAACGUUCUUGAGGUUAAGGAUGACCCCAUUGGCCCGGGCUGCACAAAACCCAGUGGUUCAACGACAGAAAGUGGUAGUACCAAACAAAUAUGGUGAAAAAUUAGUGGGCUUAUUGAAUGAUACUGGAUCUACGGAAAUCGUAAUCUUAUGCCAUGGUUUUCGAUCCUCUAAGGAAAGUACAACGAUCCUUAACUUAGCUGUUGCUUUGGAAGAGGAAGGAAUCAGCUCCUUCCGUUUUGACUUUGCUGGAAAUGGGGAAAGUGAAGGUACCUUUCAAUAUGGGAACUAUCAGAGAGAGGCUGAUGAUUUACGUUCUGUAAUCGAGCAUUUCAUUGGAGCCAAUCGCGUGAUUUGUGGAAUUCUUGGACAUAGUAAAGGAGGCGAUGUGGUGCUGUUGUAUGCUUCUAGAUAUAGUGAUAUUAGUGCUGUUGUCAAUGUUUCUGGGCGUUAUAAUCUGAAGAGAGGCAUUGCUGAACGCUUUGGAGAAGAUUUCAUGCAAACACUAAAGGAGAAAGGAUAUAUUGAGGUCGAAGAUAAAAAUGGAAGUACCAGUUACCGAGUGACCGAGGAGAGUAUGAUGGAUCGUCUAAAUACUGAUAUCCACUCAGCAUGUCUUCAGAUUAGCAAAGACUGCAGGGUCCUGACAAUCCACGGAUCAGCUGACGAAACCAUUCCUGUUGAGGAUGCAUUAGAGUUCUCCAAGAUAAUAAAAACCCACAAAUUGCAGAUUGUAGAAGGAGCUGAUCAUCGUUACUCCGCGCAUCAAGCUGAGUUAGCUUCAAUCGUUUCAGAGUUCAUUAAGGAAUCCCUGGAGAAGAACAAGGCUGCCUCUGGGCAAAGAAAAGUUGGAUCAACCAUGAGUUGGAGAGCUCUAGGGGCGGUGUGUACAUAUGCGGCAUGCUUGACCGCCACAACUAGGAUUACUUUUGAGGAACUAGGGAUAUGCCCUGUUUUGCUGCUUAGGCCGACCACUUUUGUAUUUCGUUUGUAUAUAUAUAUAUUUAGCUUAUAAACUCUUUUGGGGAUCCUAUGUAUAAACUCAAACUUUUUUAAUGAUCUUUGACUAAAUUUUUAAUACCUAAACCCUUAGUUAACUUUAA